AUGUCAGAGUUGAAGAGAGCACCUCCAGAGAGUCUAGAACCAGAUGUCAGUGUUGAAGAGAGUCCACCUCUAGAGAGUCUAGAACCAGAUGUCAGAGUUGAAGAGAUUCAACCUCUAGAGAGUCUAGAACCAGAUGUCAGUGUUGAAGAGAUUCCACUUCUAGAGAGUCUAGAACCAGAUGUCAGUGUUGAAGAGAUUCCACUUCUAGAGAGUCUAGAACCAGGUGUCAGAGUUGAAGAGAUUCCACCUCUAGAGAGUCUAGAACCAGAUGUCAGUGUUGAAGAGAUUCCACCUCCAGAGAGUCUAGAACCAGAUGUCAGUGUUGAAGAGAGUCCACCUCUAGAGAGUCUAGAACCAGAUGUCAGUGUUGAAGAGAUUCAACCUCUAGAGAGUCUAGAACCAGAUGUCAGUGUUGAAGAGAUUCCACUUCUAGAGAGUCUAGAACCAGGUGUCAGAGUUGAAGAGAUUCCACCUCCAGAGAGUCUAGAACCAGAUGUCAGAGUUGAAGAGAGCACCUCCAGAGAGUCUAGAACCAGAUGUCAGUGUUGAAGAGAUUCCACCUCUAGAGAGUCUAGAACCAGAUGUCAGUGUUGAAGAGAUUCCACCUCCAGAGAGUCUAGAACCAGAUGUCAGAGUUGAAGAGAGCACCUCCAGAAAGUCUAGAACCAGGUGUCAGAGUUGAAGAGAGUCCACUUCUAGAGAGUCUAGAACCAGAUGUCAGUGUUGAAGAGAUUCCACCUCUAGAGAGUCUAGAACCAGAUGUCUAAUAUAUAACAAGAACAGAAGCAGAAUAAAUAAAUGUCUAGUUCAGUGCUCCUGGUUCCUUAAUAACCCAGGGAUUUUACAAAUGUUCACACAUCAACAAGCAAGCCACCCCGGCCAUGAAUUCCCUUACCCUGCCUUGCCUAUGCUACAGACCACUCCCUUCUCCCUGGACCCACUCCAGGUAGAUGUUGACCCUAACUACAGGUCUGGGCUCAGAGUACCCACAAUACUAACCCAACUCACCAUUUAGGGAAUGAACCAAUAUCUGACCAUGUAUCAGUGGUUUAGGGCAACCUCUUGGGAUGAAUGGACUGUGAUCACUGUUUCUACCCAACUUACAUUCAAACAUUACUACAUAAUGCUUUCCCCUUCAUCCACUGCUUCACAACACUUAUUUACUUCAUCUACACUCCUCCUUCAGUCUGUUUAUCACCUCUCUCUCUCUCGCUGUCUCUCUCACACUCACACCAACCACUGGCUGGUUUCCAAUACAAACGUGUCCCAGUAAAAAUGGGUUAAAUUAAGUCUUUUCAACCAAGAACAGGUAUUUUCAACAUCUUGUGCUCAUAGGUGUGCUCUCUUCCCUAGGCCCUAGCAGUUGGUGAAGGAGUGCCCAAUGAGGGAGGUUGUUUUGCAUUGGAAUCCAGCCUUUUUGUGUUCUUUAUUGUAUAUCUGUCACUCUCUUUCUCUCUCUCUCUCUCAAUGCACUGCCUUUAAUGCUGUGAGUGUGUCAGUGUGGCCCCAUAAUGCAUUGCAUUAUGGCUGUGUUAGGCUGUAGCUUAGAGCUCAAUCAUCACAAGAGCCAAUCCGAUUCAUUUCACUGCUCUCAUUACCUUUGUCCUCACCAGAGCAACUGGAUCGGUUUGAAGAUGGCAUGAACAAGGUCAACCAAGACUUGAAGGAGGCCGAGAAAGAAAUGAAGGGUUUAGGGCAAUGCUGUGGCCAGUUAUGUCCAUGUGUUGCCAAGUAGGUAACCGGUGGCGACGGGUCAGGGCUCUAGCCUGUGUGGUGUUGGUGGUGCUGUCCGACGUCCGUCGCUCUUGUCACAGUCUCUUUUUUGUCUCCUCUCCUUUGUCCUCCAUCUCUCUCUCUCUCUCUCUCUCUCUCUCUCCCACUCCCCCCUUUUUUUUUUCUCACGUGCUCUCGUUCUUUGUGGGGAUGAAUGACUUGUGUUGAUAAUCAGAGCAACUGGAGCGGAUCGAGGAGGGGAUGGACCAGAUCAAUAAGGACAUGAAGGAUGCAGAAAAGAAUUUGAACAAUCUAGGGUCUCUCUGUGGUCUUUGUUCAUGUCCCUGUAACAAGUAGGUGCAGCCUGCCUUGCCUGUCUGCCUACCUGCCUGUCUGCCUGACUGUCUGCCUGCCUGACUGUCUACCUCCUGCCUGCCUGCCUGUCUGCCUACCUACCUGCCUGCCUGUCUGUCUGUCUACCUGUCUGCUUGCCUGCUUUAAUGCCUUAAGUAGAGUAUAUGGUGACCAGUACAACACUAUGGCCUGUCAACUUCAGACCUUACCCAAGGCCUUCUAUGCUGCUUCCUUCUGCACUUAGAGAGAGAGAGAGAGAGAUGCAUGCUGGGCUAAUCCACUGUACUUUCUCCUUCAAAUAACCAGUCAUACAUGACAUACUUGUGUCAGCGUGUUACAUAAUGCUACAACAUGAGGCAGUAGGCCUACAGUACGAUUUAGCAUGACCUGAUUACUGCUGUAGCUUAGUUGGUAGAGCAUGGCACUGGCAAAGCCCGGGUUGUGGGUUCGUUUCCCACGGGGGGCCAGUGUGAAAAAUGUAUGCACUCACUAACUGUAAGUCGCUCUGGAUAAGAGCGUCUGCUAAAUGACUAAAAUGUAAAUAUGCACAAACAUACUGCCUAUGGCUUUCUAUGUGAAUGCAUGGCAGAAACACAUACACCUUCGUUUUUCUUUCAGCAGGUAUCCAGGUCACAGUGUAUUCCGUAGUUUACUGAUUACCGGAAACAGUGAACACAAUUGCACACAUUUCUCUUCUGGUGAAGACAAUGUGUUAAUGUUCGGUGAACAAAACACUUAAAGAGUGAAAUUUGUUUUGACUGAUGAUAUUUUUAUUAAAAGUUUAGCAAAAAAUGAUCAGAAGUUGUGUAGAUGUAUUUGAGCAUUGCUGUUCUGCUGUAGAUACAGAAAGAAAACACUCUAGGAGCUAAUAAUAUAAUAAUAUAAUAUGCCAUUUAGCAGACGCUUUUAUCCAAAGCGACUUACAGUCAUGCGUGCAUACAUUUUUGUGUAUGGGUCGUCCCGGGGAUCGAACCCACUACCUUGGCGUUACAAGCACCGUGCUCUACCAGCGCUCUGAUGCAAUCAUUUAUUUCCAAUGUUUCAUCAGGGUAUAAUGACAAACACUGCAGGUCACCAGUUUAUAUAGGGUUUAUAUAUGGGGGUUUUAUAAGGUUUAUAUAGGUUUUAUAUUUUACAUUUACGUCAUUUAGCAGACGCUCUUAUCCAUAGCGACUUACAAAUCGGUGCAUUCACCUUAUAGCCAGUGGGAUAACCACUUUACUAUGUUUUUUUUUUUUUUGGGGGGGGGGGGGGGGGGUAGAAGGAUUACUUUAUCCUAUCCCAGGUAUUCCUUAAAGAGGUGGGGUUUCAAAUGUCUCCGGAAGGUGGUGUGACUCCGCUGUCCUGGCGUCGUUUCGAUGGACACAUGCAGGUGUUUGUAAUCAUGGCCGUCUGUGGCAUGAUUUCAUUGGUUGGUUUACAAAUAUCAACAGUACAUAUAAAAAAAAGCAUGAAUGGAUAACAUACGAUCAUAGAUCCAAGUAGGCUACAACAUAAAGGCUUACAAACACAAUAUUAGUUACAAUGGGUAGAAAAAACACAGAAAUCACAGGAAUGGCUUCAGAUCAAACUCUAUAUUGAGACCGAAGGGAGAGAAGGUCUUUAAAUUAGAUAUGUUUCAACACAGAUCCCAAAAUUGCUUGAGAAAACUGUAAUCAAACUAACAGUCCAAAGUCCGUUUUGAGAUUUGUGCACCUAACUUGAACUUUACAUUGAAAGGUUUCCUCUUAAGCUCAAGUAAAGUGUUCAAAUAAUCAAUCCAGAAUUUGUCCCUGACAUGACAGGCCCGGGACCUACGUUGUUGUGUGUGGUUAAUGUGUGUGUUGAAACAUUUCAGGAAGUUGAGUUAAUGUUAUUUUGUGUGAAAUUUGAUCGUGUAGCUCACUAGUAUCUCUAGAAGCCACAAUAGUUUUAUUUCAAAGCUAUUGUUUUAUGCACAUUUAACUGCUGUAGUGAAACGUCUAUAAGGUCAAAGUAAAAUUAAGCCGAACUGGACUUCCUAGAAUGGUGCUCUUCCUCUGUACUGUACCAUACCACCUUUUCCCUCCAGUAACCAGAGGGUGUCUGUCCUUGUCUCCCUGUCUGUCUGUCUACACCGAGUAUACCAAACAUUAAGAACACCUUCCUAAUAUUGAGAUGCCGCCUUUUGCCCCUCAGAACAGCCUCAAUUCGUCAGGGCAUGGACUCUACAAGGUGUUGAAAGCGUUCCACAUGCAUGCUGGCCCAUGUUGACUCCCAAUGCUUCCCACAGUUGUGUCAAGUUGGCUGGAUGUCCUUUGGGUGGUGGACCAUUCUUGAUACACAUGGGAAACUGUUGAGCGUGAAAAACCCAGCAGUGUAGCAGUUCUUGACACAAUCCAGUACACCUGGCACCUACUACCAUACCCCGUUCAAAAGCACUUAAAUCUUUUGUCUUGCCUAUUCACCCUCUGAAUGGCACACAUACACAAUCCAUGUCUCAAUUGUCUCAAGGCUUAAACCUUCUUUAACCUGUCUCCUCCCCUUCAUCUACACUGAUUGAAGUGGAUUUAACAAGAGACCUCAAGGGAUCAUAGCUUUCACCUGGAUUCACCUGGUCAGUCUGUCAUGGAAAGAGCAGGUGUUCCUAAUGUUUUUUGCACUGUGUAUUUGCGUCCUUACUCCUUACUGCGUGUCUGUCCUCCUGUCUGUCCAUUGGCGUCUGUCUGUCUCUGUCCAUUGGCGUCUGUCUGUCCAUUGGUGUCUGUCUCUGUCUAUUGGUGUCUGUCCAUUGGUGUCUGUCUCUGUCUAUUGGUGUCUGUCUGUCUGUGUUGUCUGCUGCUUUACGUCCUGUUAGUGUGUGUUUAUGUCUCUUCUAUCAACCACAUAGACAAGACAGUAAAUACACUACAACUGAACUGAUCAGUACUUGGAUCAAUUAUUGAUUGAUAGAUCUAAUAUAUAUAUAUAUAUACAUACACACACACACACAGUGGGGGAAAAAAAGUAUUUAGUCAGCCACCAAUUGUGCAAGUUCUCCCACUUAAAAAGAUGAGAGAGGCCUGUAAUUUUUCAUCAUAGGUACACAUCAACUAUGACAGACAAAAUGAGGACAAAAAUCCAGAAAAUCACAUGCUGGUAUUUUGGCCCAUUCCUCCAUGCAGAUCUCCUCUAGAGCAGUGAUGUUUUGGGGCUGUCGCUGGGCAACACGGACUUUCAACUCCCUCCAAAGAUUUUCUAUGGGGUUGAGAUCUGGAGACUGGCUAGGCCACUGGUUGGUUUACAAAUAUAUAUUGUCAUGCUGAAAGACCCAGCCACGUUUCAUCUUCAAUGCCCUUGCUGAUGGAAGGAGGUUUUCACUCAAAAUCUCACGAUACAUAGCCCCAUUCAUUCUUUCCUUUACACGGAUCAGUCGUCCUGGUCCCUUUGCAGAAAAACAGCCCCAAAGCAUGAUGUUUCCACCCCCAUGCUUCACAGUAGGUAUGGUGUUCUUUGGAUGCAACUCAGCAUUCUUUGUCCUCCAAACACGACGAGUUGAGUUUUUACCAAAAAGUUCCAUUUUGGUUUCAUCUGACCAUAUGACAUUCUCCCAAUCCUCUUCUGGAUCAUCCAAAUGCACUCUAGCAAACUUCAGACGGGCCUGGACAUGUACUGGCUUAAGCAGGGGGACACGUCUGGCACUGCAGGAUUGAGUCCCUGGCGGCGUAGUGUGUUACUGAUGGUAGGCUUUGUUACUUUGGUCCCAGCUCUCUGCAGGUCAUUCACUAGGUCCCCCCGUGUGGUUCUGGGAUUUUUGCUCACCGUUCUUGUGAUCAUUUUGACCCCACAGGGUGAGAUCUUGCGUGGAGCCCCAGAUCGAGGGAGAUUAUCAGUGGUCUUGUAUGUCUUCCAUUUCCUAGUAAUUGCUCCCACAGUUGAUUUCUUCAAACCAAGCUGCUUACCUAUUGCAGAUUCAGUCUUUCCAGCCUGGUGCAGGUCUACAAUUUUGUUUCUGGUGUCCUUUGACAGCUCUUUGGUCUUGGCCAUAGUGGAGUUUGGAGUGUGACUGAUUGAGGUUGUGGACAGAUGUCUUUUAUACUGAUAACAAGUUCAAACAGGUGCCAUUAAUACAGGUAACGAGUGGAGGACAGAGGAGCCUCUUAAAGAAGAAGUUACAGGUCUGUGAGAGCCAGAAAUCUUGCUUGUUUGUAGGUGACCAAAUUUGCAAAUAAAUUCAUUAAAAAUCCUACAAUGUGAUAUUCUGGAUUAUUUUUUCUCAAUUUGUCCGUCAUAGUUGACGUGUACCUAUGAUGAAAAUUACAGGCCUCUCUCAUCUUUUUAAGUGGGAAAACUUGCACAAUUGGUGGCUGACUAAAUACUUUUUUCCCCCACUGUAUAUAUACACACCAUUGGCAUGCUGUGUUGGUGGGCGGCCUUGCUGUCAUUACGCAUGGCUUCUGUCGUAUAAUGUACCCAUUAUAUCAAAUGAAAGUUUCCACACACACAAACCUCUACACACCCUGACUGGUGUGUCCCUGCAGGAUAAAGGGUGGGGGCCAGGCGUGGGGGGCCAACCAGGAUGGAGUGGUGAACAGUCAGCCAGGGGCCCGUGUGGUGGACGAACGUGAACAGAUGGCCAUCAGUGGGGGCUUCAUCCGCAGGUGAGGAGUGUGUCUGUGUUCAUGGGUUAGUAAGAGUGUGUCUGUGUGUGUACAUGGACUCCCUCUGCCACGCCGAAGCUGCAGACAGUUUUAUGGAAUAUCUAAUGUAUGUUUCCAGGGUAACGGACGAUGCCCGGGAGAAUGAGAUGGAUGAGAACCUGGAGCAGGUGGGCGGGAUCAUCGGUAACCUGCGUCACAUGGCCCUGGACAUGGGCAACGAGAUCGACACCCAGAACCGCCAGAUCGACAGGAUCAUGGACAAGGUACUAUCCCAUGAUCAUAACGAUGAAAAUCAAUGACGACCAAUCAAUACAUUUUCAGUGUUAGCGUAUGGCUGACCAUCUUUGAGUUGACAGUCCACUUGCACUUAGUCUUGAUUGAUAUUGCUUGUAUGAUUUCACAUCAUCCCAACUCUCUCUCUCCUCAGGCUGAUUCCAACAAGACCAGGAUCGACGAAGCCAACCAGCGUGCCACAAAGAUGUUGGGCUAA